UGCAGGCUGCGUGCUGGUUUCCGCCAAGCGUGCUCCUCUCGGCGCUCACGAUCACGAGAGCCAAGACGCGCGCGAGUCGCGUCCGCGUGUGUACGUGUGCAAAAUCUAUAUCAACGUGCGUACUGUGAUCUGAGCCGACGAUCGACUCGGCAAUCAGUGGAUUUUCGGGAGUCUUCGCACGCGUUUUCUCUCACGUGCGACGCGCGACGGGGAAGAGCGCGCUCGCUUCGAAAAUGCGAAAAGCCCGCGAUGCGCGCGGUCGACAGGUGACACGUUCUCGCUGAAAAGAAAAGUUUACGUUCCGCUCGUCGGGUUCGUUCCGAAGCGCAUUCCGCCCUCGAAACGCGAUGCAUCGCCAACGAGCGCGCCGGUGAGCGAAGCGAGGGAUUUUUCUUCGGCCCGAUCGAUCGGAUCGUCGCGCGUGUUCCGCGAUCGUGGGAUUCCGUGGGAUUCCGUGGGAAUGUGGGAACCGGUUGUAGCACUGACGAUGAAACGAGGAACCGCGUGCGAUCUCUAAGCCGAGAUCGAUCCAGCGAUUACGAUCGACAGGAGUUCCUUCUCGGUGUACCAUCACGCGUGCUCCGGAGUCCUUCCUAUUCUUUCCACGUCGUUUGGGAGCAAAGACCCGUCGAUUUAUGUUCCGUAACAGCCGCUUUUAAAGAGGAUCUACAGGAUCGCCCGGUUAUUGGGUUUGCCUAUAGAAACGCCCGACCUUCGACUCCGGAAGCGUCACAGUUUACGAGGAACGUUUUCCAAUAGAAAUCCGUUUCCUCGAAGAAACCCUCGAGUGCCAUUUUUUGCGGCGGAAGGAUCAGAAUAGUCGGCAGCAAAGUGCACCGACGGAUCUCGAGUACUCCUAUCGUUCCUCGGAUCGUUUCUGCGCGCCGAUCCGGUGAAAGGACGGAGACCUUCGCGGCGCCGCAUCGCCACGUCGCUCGCGUCAUCCUGAGGAAGGAAUCCUGCAGACGCGAAUCCUGCAGAGGCGAUCCGAGCUGCCGCGGCAGCUCGAGAAGAUCCACGAGGAACUCUCCACGGACUCCAGGACGAUCGCCAUCAGACGACGUACCGCCGGCGCAUCCGCGAUGGAGGACGAGCUUCGGUGCCCCAACUGCAAGGAGCUGUUCGUGGAGCCGGUGCUGCUGCCCUGCUGGCACGCGCUCUGCCUGGCCUGCGCGGUAAAUCUGCAGGCGCCGCCGGACUCGCCGCCGGAGUCCACUGCCGACUCCGCCAACGCGCCCGGCUCCGAUCAGGAGGCCGACAAGCUGUCGAUUCUGUCGGAGACCGACUCCGGCGUGGUCUGCAGCAGCACGUCCACCAGCUCGCGGCCGGGCAGCUACGUCGGCACCCCGGGGAACGGCGGUUUCCCGCCGUCCGGCGGUACCCUCUGCCUGUCGUGCCCGGUCUGCCAGAAGACCGUCUACUUCGACGAGGGCGGCGCCCACAAUCUGCCCAAGUACCGCGCGAUGCAGCACAUCGUCGACAAGUACCAGGAGUCGCGGAACUCGCGGCUGCAGUGCCAGAUGUGCGAGGGGGAGCCGCGCGACGCGACCGUCGCGUGCGAGCAGUGCGAGGUUUUAUACUGCGAUGCCUGUAGGGAGUCUUGCCAUCCAAAGAGGGGCCCAUUGGCGACCCACAAUCUGGGACCACCGAGAGGCAGCUGGCAAUCAAGCGGGAGCAAGGGAUCUCGGCCGGAGGGCACGCCGAUCUGCAACGAUCACAAUGGCGAAGCGGUGACCCUCUACUGCGCCCUUUGCAAAAUCGCGAUAUGCGCCCUGUGUCUUCGCGAUCGUCAUGCCGCGCAUCCUCACGACGUUCUGCCGUUGGCCGCCGCCUGCAAAGCGCAAAAGACUUUCGAGAAACGGUUGAGAAACGAGGAAUCGAAGCAAAUGCUUGAAAAAACAUGGACGGAGCUGUCGCAGAAUCUGCAGCAGCUGUCGGAGAGGGCCCGCUCGACGACGGAGUUCAUUCAAAGGCUCAAAGGAAUGACGGAUAAAGUACAUGAGGAAUGCGUGGCGCUCGAGGAGGAGGUCGAGGACCGGGUGACGAACCUGGUGAGUUUGCUGCAGGCAAGAAAAUCACGGUUGAUCGAAGCCGCUCGGCAGACCAGGGAGGCCAGGGUGCGCUCGCUGCGAGACCAAGUGACGCGUUGCGCCACGCAUUUGCAGACGACCACGGCGUUGCUCACGUUCUGCAUCGAGGCGCUGAAGGAGACCGACAGCGCGGCGUUCCUGCAGAUCGGCGGCAUGCUGUCGGUCCGCGCGGCGACGGCCGCCGGCUCCUGGGGCGGUGCCGAGGGCGUGCAGGAGAUCGCUCGUCUGCCGUUGCUGGAUCUCACCCUGGACGACAAGCCGCUGCGCCGCGCCAUCGAUCAGCUCACCUUCGUCCAACUCAAACCGUCAGAGGGGGAAGAACGAUUUCCUACAGCAGCACCCGGAGCGCCUUUACUGAUCCCCGAAGAGUGUAGCGCCGAGAACAACAGCGUCACCGUUGCCUGGCAGCCGCCACCUGGCCACGGAAUUAUGGGCUGCGCCGGACAGAGGGGCCCCGCCAUCGAGGGAUAUCUCUUGGAGCUGGACGACGGCUGCGGCGGAGAGUUCAGGGAGGUGUACUGUGGCCGCGAGACCAUUUGCACGGUAGACGGGCUGCACUUCAACUCGCUCUACAACGCCAGGGUGCGGGCCUUUAACAGCGCUGGCGAGGGCGAGUACUCGGAGCUGAUCGGCCUUCAGACCGCCGAGGUGGCGUGGUUCUCGUGGGCGACCGGCGCGGCCGGCAUACCGCAGGAAGUUUCCAUAUCCGAGGACGCGAUGAGCGCGUCCUGCGAGGGCUACGAGCACCGCGUGGUCCUCUCGAGCGUCGGCUUCUCGCGGGGCGUGCACUACUGGGAGCUGACCCUAGAUCGAUACCACAGUGACACCGAUCCGGCCUUCGGUAUCGCCCGGGCGGAUGUGUCGCGCGAUCAGAUGCUGGGCAAGGACGACAAAGGCUGGAGCAUGUAUAUAGACCGGCAGCGGUCGUGGUUCAUGCACGGCGGUGGUCACGCACAACGCACGGAGGGCGGAGUCCAGCAAGGCUCGACCGUCGGCGUCCUCCUCGACCUGGACACCACGCACACGCUACGCUUCUUCGUCAACGAUCAGCCGCAGGGCGGCAUCGCUUUCCGCGAUCUCUACGGCGUCUUUUAUCCGGCGAUCAGUCUGAAUCGCGGCGUAACCGUGACGCUUCACACCGCACUCGACGUGCCGCGUCAUCUCCUCGCGCUUCACGAGGAGUACGUUAGCGAUAUGGUUCAGAGCUAGGGGUACCUCAACGUUCUCAAGAAAGGUCUGCCGCAGGAGAUCGGCUCGCCUUUAGGCCCGAUAAUAAUGUGCGCCACGGACAGGUGCAGGGACUUUGAGUCGGGCCAGCUGCUGGAGAAGAUUGUCGAGGAGAGCCCGGUCGACGUUAACUGAUCGGUAGACUUUUUGAAUAUGUUUAGAGCGAUUGAGAUCGUAAUCCGUUAUUCUAUAUUAUUCUGCUUGGUACAAAGCGUUAUGAAAUAAUAUAUAUAAAAGCGUCCGAAAUCGCUCCGAGAUGUCAUAAUGUUAACGAGGACACUUUGGUCCUUCCGCAAUAUUGUGCGGCGAAACGAGAGCGGUUUGAUCUCUUCAGGGAUUCAGAGACGCAAUAUUUUUUUUUCUGAAUAUUUUGCUAUUUAUUUUAGACGAAUAUAUUUUUGCGAGAGUAUUUUCCACACAAUUGUUAGCACGUAUUUUAUGUUCUAAAUUUGAUAUGUUAAAUAGAAAUGUUUUUUUCUAUUUAUUUAUAAUUGAGAAAUACAUGAUCCCUGGGGAUGUUGAUCCGGGCAAAAUUCGCCUCGCGCCGUUUGUCUGAAUAUAAGCGGGUUCCACGAGGAAUAACGAUUCAACAGGUCCAGAAACUUUGGCGAGAAGGUUUCCGAGGGAGGCGCCUAACCGCGGACCCUUUUGAAUCCGCCUUGUUUGAGAAACUGAAACUUAGAAUCCAGACUCUAGUUAGGAUUUAUACUUUCCUAUCUCGUCCGCACGCGAUCGAUAAUCGUGUUGAACGAAACCACCAAUAAUGUCAAUAGAAUAGCGCGUACGUUUUCGAAAUGUACAGAGCGUAGCGUAAAAUCACUCUCGUAGAGUGAAAAGUCACUUUAUCCCCCGAAUAAUUAACGAGACUGACAUAACUCACGCACACACGACAUACGCAAUUCAUGAAUAAUAUCUCCCGUAGGGAAACAGGAGGUCACGAAGGCUAAGAUAAAACUCCCUCCGCUGAAUAUCAGCCCAUUUUCUAUUCAUACCGCACUUUAUAUUAAAAACGAAAAAGAAAAUAUUUUUUCCUACGCGUUUCCUAAAUUCGUUUUCUCGAAGAACAAUCUCGAUGAAAACUUAACGCGCUUUUGAGGAUCGGAUGCCUCUCCGACCUUCGUCAAUUAACUUGAGUUUCCUGUCCACGCUACAGCCCGAUGCUGCGAUCCCGAAAGAGAGGCGUGGGAGAAAUUGCUGGACACUUAACCGAAGAUGGAACUGACUGGCCCUCGGAAGCGAGGAGACGUCCAUUAGCAAAGAGCCAAGUAUCGUCGCCGAUAAACUUUGUCGAAGACCGUGUUCGAGUAGAAAUCGAUCAAUCGGGUCGGUCCGAGAGAUCGCGUCGGGAGAACGGAGGAAUAAGAGAGGAGUCUCUCUCUUACGGAAUUCAUCACUCGAUAGAGAGGUAGAGACGCACGAGCGAGAAAUAGCGUCUCGCUCGAACCUGGCAACCUUUCUCGAUAUCCUCGACGGGGCAGCGGUCCUUGAGAACUUCUUUGGAGAAAGUAGAGUCGAGUCGGGAUGCGCGAAGAAGGACACACGGCAUCGGGAAGGACCUCGAAGUAGCUUUUCCCGCAGCAUGCUCCGGAUAGCCAGUAAAGGACGUCCCACCGGGCGGUACUAGUUUCUGUCGAUCGUGUAAUUAACUCUUUCAGCAUCUGCCGUCAUACAGCAAGCGUCCACCUUCAACGACCUGUUAAAGAGCACAGCAGAACCUCGCUCGCCACGAGGGUAAGAUUAAGGAAAAUUUUUGAGAAUCUUUACAUUUUUUAUAAUGCAAUAAUUUGAUGGUGGUUUUUACGAGAGGAAAAUAUUACAUCGUUUCGAGAGACACGCUUCUUUCGCGGUAAAUGCAUUAAAAAAAUCUGUAUAAUAGUUGACGUUCGACGACUUAUUUCUCGGAAAAUACAAUGAGACGCGUUUUUUCCAUCCGCCGAGUGAAAUUGAUCGAAACAGGAGUUAGCGCAAUUUAAUUCAGCUCGGUUGCUGAAACAGUUAAUGGCCGUGCGGAAAUCGCGAGCGCGUCGGGCUUCCGGCCGAAUGCUGACGCGGCGCGCGACCGACGACGAUGAGAGACGGAGGAUCGGCACCGCGGUAAGACCUGGAUAAUUAUCCUACGGGACGAAGGAAGAGGAUCGAAAGCGUCCGCGCCGGGACACACGCUGACCGGACGGAUUUCCUCCGUCCUGCACGCGCGAUCGACGGAUCGCGCUCGAUCGUCCACCCAUUAUCCAUAUCGACACACGUAUAAGUGUAAUCGCGUUGUAGGCGUUAAGCUCCAAUUAAAGCGUAUAGACAGAUAAGGCGUAUAAAAAUAAUGCUGCCGCGGCUUUAGUGUACAAUAACGAGUAUACGUUUUUCUAGUCCUUCGAUAGAGACCCAAUCGACACCCCAUCUUCUCCGUUUCGCCACCCUCGCUCCGUCGUUUCCUUCCCUUUCUCCCUUUCGCAUCCGCGUCCAAUCCAUCCCCCGCUGGUUCUUUUUUACGACUUUGUAUCUCUCGACGGUCAGGAGUCAUAGGACACUCCGUGCUCGUUCUCGCCGUUAUAUUCCGACGUAACGAUAACCCGGAAGCAUUAUUCUGCCGCCGGGCGUCGUUUCUGCGAGCACGCGAGCAUGCGAGCAAGCAAGCCAAGCGCCUUUCGGCGUUAUGUACAUAAGUGUAUAUAUACAUAUAACUAUAUCGAUUGUACCGCCGAUGAAUUUGCCGAUUGUACCAUUUACGACUGUAUCGGAUCAAUAAAACGCAACGAA